AUGCCCUCCUUCCACAGCUGUUCUAAGCCAGUUCCUAAAGCUGAUGAAUCGAUCCAAUGUUCGACCUGUUUGUGCACUUUCCACUUGGUGUGCGGAAAUCUCACUCCCGCCGACAGGACGUCUCUGAUCGUCCUUGGAAAAAAAUGGUGUUGCAAUUACUGCACCUCUUCAAGACGAUUGAAAAGAGCCGAAGCGGCCGCUGUCUCCCAAAUUCAGCAGACCUCUCCGUUGGCGGAUGAUGCUCCUGUUACCAUGAGGGAGUUCAAGCUACUUAUGGAAAAGAUCUCAUUCCAGUGCAAUGCUCUCGAUAACCUCACCACUGCUGUUACUUCUAUGAAGGAGGACAUCGCUGGAAUCAAACUCUCUCAGGAGCGGCUUACUGCGCAGGUGUCCAGAUGUACGUCCCGCCUCGACGAACAUGAAUCAAAAUUAACAUCUCAGGGCGACAGCCUCCAAAAGCUGGGCACGGAUCUCUCUUCUCUUUCUUCGCAUUUGUCUCAAGUCGAAAACGAGGUCACCAAUUUCCAUGGUUUUGCGGAGAAAUUGAAGAACGAAAUUGUGAAUGAUCUGCCAGUUCCCACUACUUCAGUCGAAUAUCCCGAAUUAAUUGAUAGAGUACGUCGUUCACAUAACAUUAUUGCACGUUUCGUUCCUGAGAAUUCUGAUAGCUCUUCCGACGAGAGCACGGUGAAGCAAAUUGUCGAUCAGAUCCUACCCUCUUAUUCCCAACAUGUGUGCCCAGACCUAUUGCUAUAACUUUCUCUAGUUCUAUCUUCGUUAGGAAAAUACUGCAAAAUAAGGCAACUCUGGCUAGAUCCCCACUUUUCCAAAAAACUAAGCUUUCUGAUGAUUUAACUCCGGAUCAAGUCAUGUGUUUGAAGCGGGCACGGGAGGAGCUGCGACGGCGUGAAUCGGACGGGGAGGGGAAUUUGACCAUUAAAUUCAUUAAGGGUGUGACCAAGGUGGUUGCUGUUCCGGCAACUUCUACUUCAAAAAAGUGAAUUUUUCCUCUGUUUCCCAAUGGACUGUACUCUACCUCAACGCUCGAUCAAUCAAAAAUAAGUUUUAUGAAUUAUGCGCAAAUAUUGAACUCCUGAAACCUGAUAUCGUUUGUAUUACAGAAACCUGGCUACAUGAUGCUCUUCCAGAUCAAUUAUUCAACAUCAGAGGUUUUUCUUUAUUUCGAUGUGACAGUCUUCUCAAUGCGGGAUAUAAUGGUGUCUGUAUAUACCUAAGUGAUGGCAUUUCCGCGUCUUUCUCCACCGAGACAUUCUCCUAUGAUAUUCCGCACAUUGACAACCUAUUCGUGAGGAUGUCCUCGCCCACCUUCUCUAUCUGUGUUGGCUGUGUCUAUAGACCCCAUCCAUCCCCGUCUGAUGAUUUACUUCUGAACCAUAUUCGUUCAGUAUCGGAGACCCACCGUAAUGU